GAGGGCAUCCCCUUCAUUCACUACUCGGCGGAACCCCUUUUCUAUUUCCCACUGUACUGCCUGUAAACAAACAAAAUCCAAAAAGAUUUGAAGUUAUGAUAAAAUAUUUCACCUUCUCUAAAAAAUCGCUCUUUCUCUUCCAUUUUCACUCAAGAGCUUCCACUUUCUCAUCAAACAAACACCCUUCGCCCCUUAGACUCCCCAAAACCCCACCAUGCUUUUCUCCAAAACCCCUUUCCAAUCCAAUAAUCCCCUCAACCAAGACCCAUCUUUACGCCUCACUUUUCUGCACUCUUAUCCACCUAUAUUUAAGCUGUGGAAGAUAUUCACAUGCCAAGGAGACAUUUUUCAAGAUGAGGAAACAUGGUGUUAUUCCCGUUUUAACCCUGUGGAAUCACCUUAUUUAUAGUUUCAAUGCAUCUGGUUUGGUUUCUGAGGUAAUGCUACUUUACUCUGAGAUGCUAGCUUGUGGGGUUUUGCCUAAUAUUUUUACCGCAAAUGUUUUGGUUCAUUCUGUUGUCAAAGAUGGUAAUUUGAGCUUUGGCUUGGAACUGCUUAGAAGUUUUGGCGCCAAGAACAUUGUCGAUACUGUUACUUAUAAUACUUUGAUUUGGGGAUUUUGUGAGCAAGGUUUAGCUUAUCAAGGUUUAGGGGUUUUGUCUGAAAUGGUCAAAAAAGGUAUAACUUUUGAUGCUAUUUCUUGUAAUAUAAUUGUUAAGGGAUUUUGUAGAAUUGGAUUUGUUAGAUAUGGUGAGUGGGUUAUGGAUAAUUUGACUACAUGUGGGAUCUGUAAGGAUGUUAUAGGGUUUAACAUAUUGAUUGAUGGAUAUUGUAAGAUUGGAGAUGUGAAUUAUGCAGUCGAAUUGAUCCACAGGAUGAGAAGUGAAGGUAUAGUUCCUGAUAUCAUUAGUUAUAAUACUUUGAUAAAUGGAUUUUGCAAAAAAGGUGAUUUCUUUAUGGCCAAAAGUUUAAUCAAUGAGAUUUUGGGGUCUCGUAGGAAGAAAGAUUUUAAGAUUUUGGCUGGUACUGAUAAUCGAAAGGAGGUAGAUAAUGGUGUGGUAUUGGAGCCGGACCUUAUUACACACACUACACUUAUAAGUGCCUAUUGUAAGCAAGAAGCUCUUGAGGAGGCACUUUCUAUAUAUGAAGAAAUGGUUGUGAAUGGUAUUUUGCCCGAUGUCGUUACUUAUAGUUCAAUCUUAAAUGGCUUCUGCAAGCAUGGGAAGUUAGCUGAGGCAAAAGUGCUUAUGAUGGAGAUGGAGAAGAUGGGUGUGGAUCCCAAUCAUGUCUCUUAUGCUACUCUUAUGGACUCGAUCUUCAAAACUGGGAAUUCUGUGGAUGCUUCUGCCCUUCAAAGUCUAAUGAUUGUUCGUGGGAUUGUCUUUGACGUUGUUGUGUACACUACACUGAUGGAUGGACUUUUUAAGGCUGGGAAGUCCAAAGAGGCCGAGACCAUUUUUAUUACUCUUUUGAAGAACAGAAUGGUGCCUAAUACGACCACCUAUUCAGCAUUGAUUGAUGGUCGUUGCAAGUUGGGAGACAUAAAUGGUGCAGAAUCUGCAUUAGAAGAAAUGAAAGAAAAAGAUGUUGUCCCUAAUGUCGUGACUUAUUCUUCUAUUGUAAACUGCUAUAUCAGGAAGGAAAUGCUUGAUGAAGCUGUUAACGUGAUGCGGAAGAUGGUAAGCGAAAAUAUCUUGCCAAACGAAUAUAUUUAUGCUGCACUAAUUGAUGGAUAUUUCAAGGCAGGUAAAGAAAUGGUUGCUCUUGAUCUCUAUAGUGAAAUGAAAUUAAUAGGGUUGAAGGAAAACAAUUUUAUACUCGAUUCUUUCUUGAACAACUUGAAAAGAUCUGGAAGGAUGUGGGAAGCAGAGGAAUUAGUUAAAGAUAUGAUGUCUAGGGGCUUGUCACUUGACCAUGUAAAUUAUACAUCUUUGAUGGAUGGCUAUUUCAAAGAGGGAAAGGAGUCAGCUGCUCUUACCUUGGCCCAGGAAAUGACAGAGAAGAAUAUUCCAUUUGAUGUUGUUGCAUACAAUGUAUUAAUUAAUGGUCUUUUGAGGCUUGGUAAAUACGAUGCACAAUCUGUUUAUGCUAGAAUGAGAGAGUUGGAUCUGUCUCCAGACAUCAUUACAUGCAAUACCAUGAUUAAUGCAUACUGCAAAGAGGGUAAGUUUGAACAUGCGCUACACCUCUGGGAUGACAUGAAGAGUUGUGGGUUAAUGCCAAAUUCCAUAACUUGUAACAUUCUGAUCAGAGGUCUUUGUAAAGCUGGUGAAAUUCAUAAAGCUCUAAAUGUUUUGAAUGAGAUGCUGAGUUUAGGAUUUCCACCUACCACAGCCAUUCACAGAUUUCUGCUUGAUGCAUCCUCAAGGAAUGGAAGGGCUGAUGCCAUUUUGCAAAUGCAUGAACACCUUGUUUCCAUGGGGCUUGAACUUAACCAGGCAGUUUUCAAUACUCUCAUCACUGUCUUAUGCAGACUAGGGAUGACGCGGAAAGCUGUUUCAGUUUUAGAAGAUAUGACAGGAAGAGGCUUGUCAGCUGACAGAGUAACUUACAAUGCGCUUAUACAUGGAUAUUGCACAGGCAGCCAUGUAGAUAAGGCUUUUGCUACAUAUUCUCAGAUGAUAGCAAAAGGAGUUACACCAAAUAUUGUUACUUACAAUCUUCUUCUGAAAGGUCUCUCGACUUCUGGUUUAAUGAAAGAAGCAGAUGAAUUAUUUGCCCUAAUGAAAGAAAAAGGCUUGAACCCUAAUGCGUCAACAUAUGAUACGUUGAUAUCUGGGCAUGGUAAGAUUGGAAGUAAUAGGGAAUCUGUAAAAGUUUAUUGUGAAAUGAUUACCAAAGGAUUUAUUCCCAGAACUAGCACCUACAAUGUGCUUAUUGACAGUUUUUCUAGGGUAGGAAAAAUGACCCAAGCUCAAGAGCUUCUUAAGGAGAUGCAAUUGAGGGGAUCAUUGCCUAAUUCCUCGACUUAUGACAUACUAAUCUCUGGUUGGUGUGACCUCUCUAAUCAGUCAGAGCUGGACAGGGCCUCAAAAAUGUCGUGCCUAGUUGAGGUGAAAAAUUUAAUUUUGGAAAUGAAUGAUAAACAGCUUGUACCUAGUGAAAGUACUGUUUUCAAUAUCAGUUCUACCUUUGCAAAACUAGGAAAGAGGUUUGAUGCUCGGCAAUUUUCGAAGGGACUAUACAAGAGAAACAUUGUAUAAGGAAUAAAUGUAAUACAAGAAAAAAGGGAUUCCUUCUACACGGAUAGCCAACCUUUUAAUGAUCUUCAUUAGCUCUUCUUUCAGAAAUCUGGCUUCAGCUCUUUUUGUACGUGUGCGCGGUGAUAGUCACGGGUUUCAUUUAUGGACUUUUGCCUGGAAUUCCUAGUCCCAACAGAGUUGGUAUUUGGUUCAAAAUGUGAGAAGUGGAGGUAAUCGUUGAUUUCCUUUUGAACAGAUUGUGAAGAGAAGAGCAAUGUAUUGGCAGUUGGUUUCAGCUUUAGGCAAUUAGGGUUCAGAAGCAAGAUUCAGUUAUUUUUUUGCGAUGCAUUAGCAAAAAUGCACACAUCUCCCUGCUUAGUAUUGUUGUUGCCCCAACUCGAGGUCAAUAGUUGUAUUUCACUACAAACGCAAUGCUGACAUAGCAUAUCGGAUGAUAAUUUGGAUAACAGCACCACACCUUAUUAUUCAAUGUGCACGCAUGGCAUUUAGGCCUAUAUUGUUGCCACAAUUUGAGGUUAAAAGUUGUAUUUUAUUACUAACGAUAAUGUUUAUGUUAUGUUUGUAUUAUAAUGUUAAUGGUGAAUGAUAUUUGAAUGAAUAUUUGAAUGUUCUUA